AGCAGCAGCUCAGACCUGGGCAGCCCUCCUGCAGAGAUGCUCCUGCGCCUGCUCCUGGUGGCCCUGCUUCUGUCCCCCACUGGGGAGGCCGGAAAAAUCAUCGAGGGCCAUGAGGUCAAGCCUCACUCUCGUCCCUACAUGGCAUUUCUUCGGUACCAGAUUUCACAGAAAAGUUUCAUCUGCGGGGGUUUCCUUGUGCGUGAGGACUUCGUGCUGACAGCAGCUCACUGCUUGGGAAGCUCAACCAGCGUCACCCUGGGGGCCCACAACAUCCAUCAGCAGGAGAGGACCCAGCAGGUCAUCCUGGUGAGAAGAGCCAUCCCCCACCCAGACUAUGAUUCUAAGAACUUGGUCAACGACAUCAUGUUACUGCAGCUGACAAGGAAGGCCAAUCUGACCUCCGCUGUAAGCCCCAUCAGGCUGCCCUGGAGGAGGGAGCCGGUGAAGCCAGGGAUGGUGUGCAGUGUGGCCGGCUGGGGGCGCCUAGGCGUGAACGAUCCUGUGGCAGAGAAACUGCAGGAGGUAGAGCUUGAAGUCCAAAGGGAUGAGCAAUGCAGCUCUCGCUACAAAGAUUACAACAACAACACCCAGAUAUGUGCGGGGGACCCGAGAAAGAGGAAGAGUUCUUUUAAGGGGGACUCCGGGGGACCCUUUGUGUGUAACGGUGUGGCCCAGGGCAUUGUCUCCUUUGGACAACUGAAUGGGACACCCCCAAAUGUCUACACCAGAAUCUCAAGCUUUCUGUCCUGGAUCCAAAAAACAAUGAGCCACGACAACCUGCAGGGACCAGACUGA